UAAACGGCAAAAGCGUGAUGAUGAUGAUUAUGGCGAUAAGUGUUAUAAUACUAGCAUAAACGGCCCAUGAGGUGACACGGACAUCUUAAAUUAGGAUUUGUACCAUGAUCAUGUAGUAGUAGUUUCAGAGCCAUGCUUCCUCCCUUUCUCUGCCUCCUCAGAGAGAUUUAACAAAUUAUGAACCCUUUUACACGUCCAACACUAGACUCAACACUACGCCAGGCCUCCCCUGCUCUCUCUCCCCAAAAAAAAAGAAAAAUCCAUGACCACCGAGUGAUUAACAACAUGCAGAAUCCAAACCACAACUUCUACCCCUCAACGAGCCACCCUCCGGAGAUCUCUGAUCCCAGCGCUUCGGGCGGCAAAUGGGCCGCGAAACUCUUGGGAGAGUGCGCGAAGGCCAUCGCCGACAAAGACUCCGGCCUCAUUCAGCACUAUCUGUGGAUGCUGAACGAGCUGGCCUCCCCUUACGGAGACUGCGACCAGAAGCUCGCGUCGCACUUCCUGCAGGCCCUCUUCUGCAAGCCCACGGGCUUCCGGCGACGGUGCUACAAGACCCUGCGCCGUCGCGGAGAGAGCCACUCGUUCGAGUCACGCUGGAAGGCCUUGGAGUGGGAGGCUAAGCUUCAUAUUAUCGACAUAAGCAACACCUACUGCACUCAGUGGCCGACCUUGCUAGAUCCUUGGCCACCCGCAGCAACUGACGAGACUCCUCCAUGGAGGCGUUCUCGUCGGCUGUUUUCAGCGGCCGACGCGGUGGACGACGUGAGGGCCCUCUUGAAGAGGUACCGCGCGGGGUGGUCGCUCGUGCCGGUGCUGAGCGACGCGUCGCCGGGGCUGUACUUGGCUUGGAAGGAGGAGCCCGUUGUGUGGGCGUCAGCUUGGAAACCCUAGUCAUCGGAUUUUAUUCUUAGCUAGGCCAGGGACACCAGAAUUAAUGUUUUUAGGAUUUGGAUCGUGAUGCUGGAGUUUACGUCCUUUUUUUGUGACAUCGCCGGGCACCGCGUAUAGCUCCGUCACCGCUAAGGUUUACAUCACAUAUUCAUUCUUAAAUUUCUUGGUUUUUUUUGAGUGUAGGAUGAGAUCAUGUGUUUUUGCCUGUUUUUGUGACUCUCUCUCUCUCUCUCUCUCUCUCUCUCUCAUUGUUUGCAUGUCUUGAAAAGCUUUUCCCAGUUUUGCAAGUUUUGAUUUUGGAUUCAGGAGCGUUUAGAGGUGAGACUAUGUUGUGUAUGCUGAUCUCAAUCCGUAUAGUAUGAAGACGAAAGCAUAUGUUUGGAAUUUAUUGUAU